UUCAAUAAAAAUUAAGGACAACUUUAUCCUGUCUUAAGAGUAAAAAUUCUCUCCUUGUGACUACCCCUCUGCCAUUCAUACUGGCCGUUGCAUUGCACUGGCAAUACCCACAAAAUGCAAAACAGGAGCAAAGCGAAAAGUUUUCAAAAUAAAAAACUAUUUUGAAAUUUUAUUAAUGUUUUCUUGUUUACGUUUUGUUGUUGUGUUUUUUUUUGUAUUUCUCGUCUCUUCGUCGUUGAAUUUUCAGUGGGAAUUGUAAUUUAAAACGUAAAGAAAGCGUAUAACAGCGCCAAUAUUGUCAUUUCGCUCCGCAAAAAAAAGGAAAAAAAAAAUUGAAGAAAAUUUCUACGUAACUGCGGACCAAAAUUGCAUUUUGCAAAUGGAGAAGGAGAGAAUAAAUUAAAGAUUUGGUUAAACAGAGAGGACUGCUAAAUCAAAUAUGGAAGGUUUCGUUUAUGUUGUCAAUCCACCGGAAAUUCCAAAAGUGGCUUUCGGCUCGAGUUUGGAACGUGUAACCCUGCCGCUGCGAGGGCCAUGUUUAACAUCAUUUAUGCGCCAACAUCAGGGCGAUGUUUUCCUGAGUCCUGGACCAGCAACAAGAGUUGAUGAGAGGAAUUUAUUGGAAAUUAAGUGGCCUUCAAAAUUAGGUUAUUCGGCCUUUGCCAGUAAGGCUCCAAGGCUAUUGGGUCCCUCAAAUGCCAAUAUGCCAUGUGUGGGCAGCUAUGAUGUGGAAACAAGGAAACCCUUAAGGAAUGCAGCCAAACCGUUUAAUAUUGGAGCGGCGAGGAAGGAUAAAGAAAGGUUUUUAACACCGGGUCCCUCAACAUAUCCCCAUCACGUUGAACGUCCAAAACUACGCAUUUCCUCAGCAUUUGGCAGCCGCCGAAAGAUACUCCCCGCUAUUGGGGUAAUCUGUAGCCCCCUGAAUGUGGCUAAAUGCCAUAAAUGUGAGCAAAUACCGCAGGGAGAUUACUGGCAUGAUUUCAAUACAGAAUUGGAUCUAUGUCGCCCCUGUAUGCAUAAAAUCGAACAUGAUUUGAAAAAAUGUUCCGCCACCGAGUUACAACGUUUGCGAUUGCGUCGAGAAUUUUCCGAUUACGCGAGGGUUCGAUAUUGUGAUUUCUAUCAUGAUCAUGGUGGGACAAUGGCAGCGGUCCAGACAUUGCCGCAACGUAUCUACAAAAUGAAAAUCGAAAAAGAAAAUUAUUUGUCAUUGUAUAUGUGAGGAAUAAUAAUAAAAAGGAAGAGAAAAGGGAUGAA